AUGCAAAUGGCUACUGCUAUUGAAAUUGAUAAUUUAUCAUCAAUGAUUCAAGAUCUUGGGAUAGAAGCUUUUAUGAUUGUAGCACGAUUGGACGCUAUUUUUCAACCUGUACCAACAAAUCCACGAACACUUCAGUUCUAUGAUAAAGUCGAAAUUUUUACUGGUAUCUUGAAUUUCCAUUUAGCUCCAAAGGUAUUCGUCGUAAAAGACGUCGAGAUGACCUUAAAUCUUGUCGAAUGUAACCGUUCAAUUGUUGAGCGGCUUCUCAAUUUUCCUUCACUUAAUGAUAUUAUUCGAAAAUUUCAAGAAUAUGAAACAAUAACAUCACAACAACUCAACAUGGUUAAUCCAAAAGUCCUCAUGCCAUUCAUAAAUAUCUGUAUUCAAUGCAAAAAAGUAUUAACUGAUUAUGGAUUUGCUUAUUCUACUCGAGUACUUUAUAUUGAUCGAAUUGAAGAAGCGUCUGUUAUUCAUGCACACUACUAUCGAGUUGUUACAAAAGAAUCAUUCAAUUUUUCUGAUUGUAUUCAUUUUUCUGGUGAUUUGGCUUAUUCAAAAGUUCUUCUGCAUUGGCGCUCUUCUCUACUCAUCGACGAUGAUUCAACUUUUACAGGAUUUUGUCGUUCUAUCAUUAACACAUUAUACGAACUUUAUCCAUCUUCGGCUAAUUUCAUUACUCCAAAUGCUUUAUCACAACGAUUUGAAACAGUAUAUAUUUUAUGGGAGUUAGUUAGAUUUGAGUUGAUGCUUGGAAAUGAAGAACAAGUGCUAUUACCACUAUCAUUAUCACCAGCAUCAAGGGCAAGCUUUUUGGAAGGCUUUCUAGAUUAUUAUUAUUCAUUAUUUGUAUUGUUCUGGUCACGUCAUCAAUAUGUUCCUAAUACAAAGUGUGAUAAACAAAUAUGUUCAAAAGUAGCACUUUGUGAUGGUCACCAAAAAUGUGGUCGUAUCGUCUGUGCUUACUCAGACAUUGUAGAUACUUCCAUCGUCGAGACUGGUCCAAUUAAUGUUGGUUGUCCUUAUGCACCAAUGCGACGACGACAUCCCAUACAAAAUCAGCAGGAAAACAGCACAAAAAAUGAAACAAAAGGUAAAAAUGAAGAGUUGCUUUUCCUUCUACAAUUAUUUCAUAAUUAA